AUGUCCUCCCGUUCUAAGAAAAUUCUUCGAGAACCGCCCUCUACUCCUUUAGUUAUACCAGUCCAGAUGCGCAAUUGGAAUUCUAACGAUUAUGAACAGGGCCCCUCCAAAAGCUUUUCUCAAGAAACACCUUUGAAGCCGCAACGCCUACCUUCAUUGAGGGAAUCUCCGAGUCGGUCUCGCUUAUCCCCUUCGAAAAUGAAAAAACCUGGAAUGCUGCCCGGAUUUCAGAAUUCUUUUGCCGCAUCCACACCUCUACGUCCAACGAAGUCUCGUGCCAAUAAGGGAAAGGCGAAGGCAGAAGAUGAUGAUUCGUUUUUUCAUGACUUACGGUCCCCAAGCCGCUCACAGCGUAAUGCACAACGCUUCAGCAGUCCACCACCUCUCCGCCAACAAAAUGACUUUGACCGUAUGCUAGACACUGAUACUGUGGUGCAACCCCCUGCCGGCCACACAGUUCCGACUUCACUCCGAGUUUUGGAUGACGAUGGUGAUGCCGUUAUGGCGGAAGAUAGCGAGGGAGAAGUGACGUUGGAAGAAUUAAACUUCCUUGGUCCGACAAACUGGAAAGCUGAGCUGUGCCAGAUAAUUUUGACGCACGCUCGUCCCAAACUCGGGGAAAUCACUUUUCAAGUGCUUCUUGGUGUUUCCCUCGCUGUCGUCGAGACCGACAGGCUAGCUGAAGAUUACGCUAUCGCUUGCUCGAAGGUUCUUCAAACUGUUGCAAACACAUCCACGGACAGUAAUUACAACCUCUCAUUGGACGCCAUAUGUCAAUCUUUGUUCAUGAUUGCCACCAUUCUAAGCACUGCCGAUCAGCUUUUGCCACUUGCAAGCUUGCUGAACCUUCUUUCUGUUCUCGUCUAUUCCUUGCCAGGAUUCACAGUAUCCUUCUUUUCACAUCAAGAAAAGCCGGAAGAUCGUUCCUCUUUUAUUAACUUCCUGUGCACUUUGAUCGUUAAGAAGCUAGCUCCAUCGGCGACCCACAUACAUAAAGACGACCUCGCUGACGAGGUUUUGCUCCUCCUGCAGUCGUUGUGCCACAACACCCCUGAUGAUCUUGUUCCGAGUCUCGCGGCCAUACCUAGCCACCAAGAGGCUAUGACGACUAUUCUUGAUCCCAAACAACCUUCGUGGCUCUUGGCCAAGGCUUGCAAACUUUUAGCCCUUCUUUCUACUCGUAAAUUGUGCUCAUUUUCGAGAUGUUCCUCUUCGUUUACCAAUACAACAGACCAUGUGCUUUUCCGAUCGCUACUGUCCAACCCUGGCUCUGGAAGACUAGAUGAACGGACGGAAGACGAAGAGCAAAAAAGUAUCUACGUCGAGCGAUUAUGCUUACACUUGAUCGAUUUCGAUCGACAAGACCCAGACUCAAGAGAUCUAAAAAAAUCAAUUCUACAAUUCUUUGCACAAUUAUCCAUUUCGCAUUUAGACGCCCACACCAUACUCGUGGAAUCGUAUUCACUUAUGCCAUCGCUUGUGUUGUGUCUGACCGAACUGACCACCCCUCUAUGGGAAGACGCCAAGCACUUGAUGUCAUCACAGGAAGCAACGGCGUCCAUCAUUCGCACAACAAACCAGACGCUUUUUCUUAUCCAUCAUCUCGUGUUCAGCACAGACCCCGCGCUUAAUUUGCGCUAUCAACUCCAGCGUGCAACAAACAGGGUUUUUAGUAAUAUUAUCCACAUGUUUAUCGUGACCCUCGGGAGGUUGAGCUAUGCAGACCCACCCGAAUGGGCUGAUAGUCAAGGGCGAUAUGAACUGGAGACUUUAUCUGAAAUGUCCAGAGAUAUACUGGAGCUCGUUGUCGAUGGGCCUGAAGGAGAUAGUAUUUGGGCCGCAUUUCAGGUGGAACCCGAGCCAGGGAGUGCAGUUGAUGAUGAGGAAUUAGAAGCAAGGCGAAUAAUGGAUGGUGAUGGAUGA